GUCCUGUGAGGACCAGUUAGAGGUAUGGUAGGCGUGGUUGGCCCCGUAACCAUGGCGAUGUCUCUGUGGGAGGUUGUGUCCCUUCCUCCCGUUGGUCUACUGCUGCUCCUCUGCCUGCCACUCUGUCUAUGCCAGCAGCCAUUGGUCAACUUUGAGAGUCCGUUCCCACCCCUACUGGAGUGUACCAGGAAAGUUCAUCCCAUCGUCCCAUACAAAGCAUUGAGUCCCUGGAUGUCAGGAUUCUCUCGUCCCGGAGUGAAGGACUUUUCCCAGCUGACCCUUGACCUGACCAGAAACCAGCUGAUUGUGGGAGCUAGAAAUCACCUCUUCAGACUGAGUCUCAGUAAUGCUUCUCUCUUACAGGCAGUAGAAUGGGGACCAGAUGAAGACACCAAGCGGUCCUGUCAGAGCAAAGGAAAGACAGAGGAUGAAUGUCAGAACUACAUCCGGGUCCUGCUCAUCACCGGGAGGCGGAUCUUUACCUGUGGAACCAACGCCUUUACCCCCGUCUGCACCACCCGGCAGAUAGGCAACAUCAGUCGGGUGAUGGACACGGUGAACGGGGUGGCGAGAUGCCCCUACGACCCGCGUCACAACUCCACUGCCAUGGUAACAGAGAAGGGCGAACUCUACGCCGCCACUGUCAUUGACUUCUCGGGUCGUGACCCCGUCAUCUACCGUAGCCUUGGUAACAUGCCGCCGCUGCGAACAGCCCAGUACAACUCCAAAUGGCUCAACGACCCUCACUUUAUCUCAGUCUACGAGGUGGGUCUCUUCACCUAUUUCUUCCUGAGAGAGAACGCAGUCGAACACGACUGCGGUCGCACCGUGUUCUCCCGGGUCGCCCGGGUCUGUAAGAACGACGUGGGCGGUCGCUUCCUAUUGGAGGACACUUGGACUACGUUCAUGAAGGCGCGGUUGAACUGCUCGCGGUCGGGAGAGAUCCCCUUCUACUAUAACGAGCUGCAGAGCACCUUCUAUCUGCCCGAACAGGACCUCAUCUACGGCAUCUUCACCACCAACGUGAACAGCAUCUCUGCGUCGGCUGUGUGUGCUUUCAACCUCAGCGCCAUCACCCAGGCUUUCAACGGACCGUUCCGUUACCAGGAGAACCCUCGUACAAGCUGGCUCUCCACCCCCAACCCCAUCCCCAACUUCCAGUGUGAUACCCUGGAGGAGCGAGGUCCAGGGGAGAACCAGACGGAGCGCAGCCUGCAGGACGCCCAGCGUCUCUUCCUCAUGUCUGACGUGGUGCAGCCCGUCUCCACCGACCCCCUCCUGUACCAGGACAACAUCCGCUUCUCCAAGCUGGUGGUGGACAUCGUGCAGGGCCGAGACACCCUCUACCACGUCAUGUACAUCGGCACUGAAUACGGCACCAUCCUGAAGGCCCUCUCCACGACCAAUAAGAGCAUGCGGGGGUGUUACCUGGAAGAGAUGAGGCUCCUCCCCGAGGGCGAAAGCGAGCCAAUCAAGAGCCUUCAAAUCCUCCACAGCGAUAGGUCGUUGUUUGUGGGGCUUAGCGACAGGGUGCUGAAGAUCCCACUGGAAAGAUGCUCCAGCUACAAAACUGAACG